GGUGCAAAGGAGUCCCAGAGCCCUCUGCGAAGCUGCCCUCAGAAGACCAGACCGGGAGAAAAGGUGUGUACAAAGACUGUGCCUGUGUGGGAGAAAGAUUCGUAUACGUAGAGAAUGUGUGUGUCACCUGGCAGAGCAGCUCCUCACCACUUCCUGUUCCACUUAGAGACGUGAGAGGAAGACAGGGUUGGUUCGGCUGCCUCACUUCAUCGCUUGUGACUGAAAUCAGUUAGAAGAAUAAAAACGUGUUCUGGGGAAACCAGUUUGGGAUGGAGCUCCAGACCUGGAUAUCUGGCCUGCUGGUCCUCGCCUCGGUCUUCCCCCCGGCAGAGGCACUGAUGCUGUAUGACCCUCAGCUCUGUUACAUCCUGGACGGCUUCCUCGGCCUGUACGGCCUCUUCAUCACCGCCAUGUUCAUCAAGGAGAAGUUCUUCAAACCCAAAGUGAAGGAAACGGAGGAGGGCAUCUACAGCGACCUGAAAGGCCAGGAAACCGGUGGCUAUGCCCCACUGAUGAGAGACGCUGAGAGAGGAAGGAACCGCAGGAUGACCGAUGACGCCACCUACACGGGCUUGAACAAACGUACAGAGGGAGAAUACAAGGAGCUUCCUGUUAAAAAAGAGCGUCACCGAAAGAACGAGCAGGUUUACCAGGGUCUGAGCUCGGCCACCAGAGAUACCUACGACUCCCUCCAGAUGCAGCCGCUUCCUGCUCGCUAACUCCGUCCAGACGUCGCGACCAAACCCCCCCCCCGGCGCCUCACUUCCUGUCAGCCUCAACACACAAACGUCCGUUUCUGAUUAUUUGGCCAAAGUGCUCGUUCAAUGACGACGGGGUUGGUGAAGAGCCGAACCGGCCACAGACUGUAGUUUUAAUUGGCUUAUGUUCAUUUUUCCUGACAGUUUAUCAUCCGGAAGGUUUUGUCUGUUGGUUUUAUUGAUUCGUAUUUGGAUGUUUGAGCUGCGGUUUUCAAUCGAGCCACAGCUCGGCCUGAAGAGUUCAUUUGUUCCUGCCAUUUGUCUGAUUCUGCCUUUGUUGGAACUCGAGCCCUGAUCGGUUCAAAAGUCAAAACAGAAAAUUAAUUCUCCCUCCGAGAUUGUUUCAUUUGAAGGAUUUUCCUGAGCCCCCAGGAGGUAAAAGUAUCCAGUAAUCCCCGCAAAAAUCAGACAAAUGGCAGGAACAAAUGAACACGCAUCCCCGCUACUUCCUCUCCCCGUGUCAGCAUCUGGUGACUUCUUAUUUAUCCGGAGCUCGGGAACCACCGUGGUUAUGAUUAGCAGGAUAGCAAAGCAGACUCUCUCCUACUCUGAUGGUUCGUAGCCGGUAGACAUCUUGUUUGAGUUUAUGGCCAAGAAGAUGGUGAAAACCGAAACAAAGGAACCAGGAACUUGAUCCUCUCUGAACUGUCCCCUUCACCAAAACAGACACAAAUCCAGCAGCAGUGACGCCGGCAGCGUGAGACGUGCUCGUUGAUCUCCCUCGACGUUUUAGAACCGGGCCGUCGACUCAGCUUAAAGGGACGUUUCCGUAUUUCCUCCGCCCGUCGAGGCUCUCGGAGACACCGCUGGAGUGUCGCUGAUCUUUGGGACUGUCUUUAACCCGUUCUGCAGCCGCUCUUUUGGGCCGCGUUUCACCAACCUCCUGCCGCGUUUCAACAACCUCUAUUUCAAGCUAAAGGUGUGUGGGAGUUAUAAAUCGCUGGUAACGUUGAGACCUGCGUUUGUACGAUAUACAUCUUAGUUGUAGACGCCGGUGUCAAACACCAGGCAGCGCUGCAGAAAGGGGUUAAAGGAAUCGAUAAAUUCACAAGGAAAGACGUCCAAAGUAACACAACUGUCAGAUGACUCUAAAUGUAUUAGGUGUGUUUUAAAACCAUGGCUUCUGGCCCGUCUGAGAAUCACCAGUAACAACCGUCUUUGUGUGGGACGACAGAUGUUGACCUCAAUGUCGGUAAAACUGUAAUUCCGUUUUAAAGAGCUAUGGAUUGAGCCUUUGCUCAAACAGGAGAGUCAGGGCGACGUUAGAGGAGCUAGUUUCCAUCGCUGACCUAGGAGGCGACUGAACCUGCGGCGCUUGGCGCAUCUCUCCGUUUCAAACCUCGGUCUUUUACAUCCAUCCUAGACCCCCGAUUCAGUCUGAGUAAAAUCUGGAGAGUCUGUCUGCAACAAAUCGACGAGCCCCAAAGUCUUCAAUAUGUGAUAUGAACAUGGGCUGUUUACCUCU